UUGCGCAACCUUUUCCCUCCCACUCGAUGAUAUCUGCGCUUGCCCAAUCGAGCCUGGCUGUCAUGAAUGUCAAUUUCGGGUUUGUGUUGGUUGGUUACAUUACAAAUUUAACUGUGGUUCUUACAGUUUGGUUUCUUGUAGCGCUAGAGAGCAACAGCAUUUAAAUAUACGACGGGGCUCUUCAUUUCACCCUGAGCCAAUUGUGAAAUUACUAUCACGUUAUGCGCUUAAGAAAUGGUUUCCAUCUGUGGAUUGGUACUGCUUUCUGUCUACCCCCUUCUCUUCUGUUCUGGGAGUCCUGUUAAAGAAAAAUGCACUGGCAAGAUCUGUCAGAAGCGGCCGCCAGUCGUAUUGAUCCCCGGUGACCUGGGUAACCAGCUGGAAGCCAAGUUGGACAAGCCCAGUGUGGUGCACUACAUGUGCUCCAAGAAGACUGAGGACUACUUCACCCUCUGGCUGAAUCUGGAGCUACUCCUCCCACUCAUCAUUGACUGCUGGAUUGAUAACAUCCGACUGGUGUAUAACCACACCAGCAAGACGACAGAGUCCCCUCCAGGAGUGGAUGUGAGGGUGCCGGGUUUCGGACAGACCUUCCCCCUCGAGUACCUUGACCCCAGCAAACGCAGCAUGGGAAUCUAUUUCUACAUGCUGGUGCAGGCGAUGGUGGAUUGGGGGUACACGCGGGACGAUGACGUGCGGGGGGCUCCCUACGACUGGCGCAAAGCCCCGAAUGAAAACCAUGACUAUUUUGUAGCGCUGAAGAAGAUGAUUGAGGUUAUGGCAGAGAAUUUUGGGGCUCCAGUGGUCCUGAUCGCUCACAGCAUGGGCAACAUGUACACCCUCUACUUUCUCAACCAGCAGCCGCAGGAGUGGAAGGAUAGCUACAUCAAGGCCUAUGUGGCCCUCGGACCACCGUGGGGGGGAGUGGCCAAAACCCUGCAUGUGCUGGCCACGGGAGACAACAACCGGAUCCCUGUGAUCAGCAAUUUAAAGAUUCGUUACCAGCAGCGCACGGCCGUCUCUACCAACUGGCUGCUGCCCUACAACAACACCUGGCCUGCGGACCAGGUCUUUGUGACCACUCCCAAGGGCAACUACACCCUCCGUGACUACCAGCAAUUCUACAACGACAUCAACUUCCGGGAUGGCUGGCUGAUGCGCCAGAACACAGAGCCGCUGGUAUACAGCCUCGAGGCCCCCAGGGUGGCCGUGCACUGCCUGUAUGGGACUGGGGUUGACACUCCUGAAUCAUUCGUCUACUCUGAAUUUCCUGACAAGGACCCGAAGGUCCAGUUUGGGGAUGGAGACGGCACAGUAAACCUGGUGAGUGCCAUGCAGUGCAGGCGCUGGAUUCGGCAGCAGAAACAGCCAGUCCAGCUCAAGGAGCUGAGGGGCAACGAGCACAUUGCAAUGCUUUCUAACUUAACUACCAUCAGCUAUGUCAAACAGGUGCUGUUUACACCUUGAGAAAUAAACUGAGAAGGUCCUCUUUGAACGCUAGUUGUUAUCACCUACAUCGGGCAGAUUCCAAAUAAAUCCAAUUGCUUGCAUCAAGAAGGCCCUGUUGGCAUUGAAAUUGAAGUUGGUCCUGUUUGAAUCCCAAGAACUAUGGAUUACAUUCCACAGCUUUUGCUUUAACCCAGCCCACCAUGGCUGGUCUUGGUCACACCACCCUGCCAAAACUUUACGCUACAAACAAUGUGUGCCUCUCUAUUUAAGUCAAACCUUUGCAGGCCUUUUGGAAUUCCAUUUGCAUAAUCCUUAGCAAGUGUCAUAGCAAUGUACUGAAUUUUGUUAAAUUUUCCAACUUGCAAAAAAAUUUGGCAGCAACUGUCAUAUUUAUUUAGUUUUUAAUAAUUUAGUGUGUUCAAUUAUUAUAUUUUCUCCCGAUUUUAUUUAUUUAUUUAUUUAUUUAUUUUCUCCCAAUUUGGAAUGCCCAAUCUCCAUUGAGACCACCCCCCCCCCCCCCCCCCUUUAAGUAGGGGGAACACUUUAUCUAAAAAAUGAUAAAUACAUCAAAAAAAAGUCCCUUCCUCUUAUGGGAACUAGUUUAAUAGCUACAGAACCUGAAGGAUGCUGACCAGUGGUGACAUCAUUCUUACAUGGCCGCAUGACCCAAUCCGAUGGAGUGUGUUCAGAGACAGCAGUUUCAGUAAAUGCAUUCAUCAUUUCAACUGAUUUAAUGUGUUUAGUGAAAGUGCUAACUUUUUUUCUAUUUAGUGAAAUAUCUUAAAAAAAAAAAAUAAUUAUAAAUAGUUGCUCCAAUUUUAGCAGGUUGCUAAA